ACUCGAGAAAGAAAAAUUUACAGUAAUGUAAAUUGAGGAGAAAAUAUUAAUAAAAAAUUACAGAAAAUAUUGAAAAACAAUUAUAAAUUCGAUCGUGCAAUUUUUUAUCGCCGAGUAAUCUGCAGUAAAAUCUGCGAGUAUUUUUAAAAAGCAUCUUUAAAGAUAUUUCGUCAAUACGAUGGAAAACAAUCCUAACACCACAAGAAAAAAUGGAGUGCGAUUUCCAAUUCGAUAUUUAAUGGCUAUAAUGGGAUCCAUUGGCCUCGCCAUUCUUUAUGGUUUUAAAGUCAAUGUCAGUGUGGCGAUUGUCGCUAUGGUGAAUCAUACUGCUGUCAAAUUAUCUACUUCACAGAAUUCAGAAACUGAUAAUAUUACGACAACGAGCGCGAAUAUUUGCCAGUUUGAAGACGUCUCAAAUGUUACAAAGAUCACAAGCGAGAAUGGCCCAUUUGUAUGGAAUGAGCUUAUUCAGGGUUUCAUCCUAUCUUCUUAUUUCUGGGGCUAUAUAGUGUCUAUGUUGCCCGGUGGAAGAUUAGCUGAGCUCUGGUCAGCUAAAUGGGUAAUGAAUGGAUCGGUCCUGUUAAAUCUCAUAGCUUCCAUAUUGACGCCCAUCGCCGCACGUAUUCACUAUUCGCUCUUUAUAACAAUGAGAUUUCUGCAGGGGAUCGGCGGAGGUGUAUCGUUUCCCGCUAUGCAUGUUAUGAUCGCCAAAUGGGCACCGCCGAAUGAAAGAAGCGUCAUUGCUUCGAUUGUAUAUGCAGGGACGGCACUUGGUACCGUGAUUUCCAUCUUGUUAAGCGGUCUGUUGGCCGCAAAUCUUGGUUGGGAAUCCAUUUUUUAUGUGGAAGGUGUGCUUUGUCUGAUUUGGUGUAUUGCUUGGUGGCUGAUGAUAGCUGAUUCCCCGGAAAAACAGACGAGAUUCAUCAGUCAACGAGAGAGAAAUUAUAUCGUCGCAUCUUUGGGCGGACACAGCAAGGAGGAUGUUCCCAAAACUAUUCCAUGGAAACAAGUGUUUCGUUCCAAACCGUUCAUAGCGAUUCUGAUUGCCCAUUUUUGUAGCAAUUUCGGCUGGUAUAUGCUACUUAUUGAACUGCCCACAUUUAUGAAUCAAAUCUUGAAAUAUGAUAUGAGCUCGAAUGCAGGAUUAUCAUCCAUUCCAUUUUUAUGCAUGUGGCUCUUCACUAUGAUUCUUAGUAAAACAUUAGCCAUCCUGCAGGAAAGAGGAUUGAUCUCAGUGACGGUAUCUAGAAAAAUCGGUACUCUUUUUGCGUCUCUCGUACCCAUGGUCUGUUUGAUACAAGUGUCAUAUGUCGGGUGCAAUCGUAUGAUAGUAGUUUUGUUGAUGACAAUCGCAGUGGCCUGCAUCGGCGGAAUGUACUGCGGCUUCUUGGCAAAUCACAUAGAUAUCGCGCCCAACUUUGCUGGCAGUCUGAUGGCGAUGACAAAUUUUGUCGCCACUAUACCCGGUUUCGUUGUACCGGUAUUUGUAGGAAAAUUAACUCACGGAAAUCAAACCAUAGAGGCAUGGAGAAUUGUAUUCCUCGUAACGAUCAUUUUAUAUAUAAUCGAGAUACUGGUUUAUACUAUUUUUGGGAGCGGCAACGAGCAACCAUGGAACAAAAUUAAAACGUCUGAUGAAACGAGCGAUCAAACAUUACCUUUAAGAGAAAAUAACGCGAAAUACAGUUCUUAAAAUCUUACAUUAUGCGCUAUAUCUUAAUUUAUUUUAUUAAUAU